CUGCUUGAGCACGGCAUCUAUCAGUAUCCAUGGUGACGGAUGUUACCUACUUAUGGUGGAGAGUGCUGUGUGCAUCCCACAGUUUACCUGUUUGUUUAUACAUUCCUCUGUAAUGUGGAGUGUCUUCUGCAGCUGUGAGUGUGACUUGUGAAGAGCAAGUGAAGAGGGAACGGUUUGGUGGGAAAGGGCCUUCGUCAUCUCGCGUCCCUCAGGAUGAAGUCGUUUGCUUGAUGUAUGCACACAAUUAUGUACAGACAGAUUUGUAUUUUAAUUUGGUUUAAUUUUAAAGUAGGGCAAAGAGCCGUGAAAAAGAACCAUCAGUUAGCUCCAAGAGUAAACGUGCAACUUUAUAGCUUUAUUUUUUCAUAUUUUGGCUGCGCUGCAGAGAGAGAGAAAUGCUGAAAGGAAGUCAGAGUGGGAGCUCAGCAGCCAUGGGUGGAGAUGUGUUUAGGAGUGGCAGGCAGUCCAAAGGGAGGGAUCCUAUGGAGACCCCUAAAAGCUGAUGCACAGCCACUGACUCACAUUCGCUGUUAGACCACAGACCCUACCUCAAGAUACUCCUAGAAUAACUGCAUCAUGGGAAAACAGAGAGACGUUUUGGAGAAACUGGCAGGGACCUUUCAGAUCCGACAUGUGCUCUUCCGCCAGGCCCUGGCUGAGUGCCUGGGAACCUUUAUUCUGGUGAUGUUUGGUUGUGGCGCAGUAGCACAGCUGGUGCUAAGCGGAGGCUCCCAUGGCACGUUCCUCAGCGUCAACUUUGCUUUUGGUUUUGCUGUAACGUUGGGCAUCCUUGUGAGCGGACAGAUCUCAGGUGGUCAUCUGAACCCAGCGGUGACCUUCUCUCUGUGUUUACUCGGGAGAGAGCCCUGGAGGAAGUUCCCGCUGUUCUUUUUCUUCCAGACCCUCGGAGCCUUUCUGGGUGCAGCGAUUGUAUUCGGCAUGUAUUUUGAUGCAUUAUGGGACUUUAGCCCCGGGGAGCUGAUCGUGGUGGGAGAGAAUGCCACAGCUGGAAUUUUUGCCACAUAUCCAUCCAAACAUCUCACCCUGGUUAAUGGGUUCUUUGAUCAGGUUAUUGGAACGGCUGCGUUGAUCAUGUGCAUCCUGGCCAUAGUUGAUCCACACAACAAUCCUGUCCCUAGUGGUCUAGCACCCUUCACCGUGGGCUUUGUGGUGUUGGUCAUCGGCCUGUCGAUGGGCUUCAACGCUGGCUAUGCCGUCAACCCAGCCAGGGACCUGGGGCCGCGCAUCUUCACGGCUAUGGCAGGCUGGGGUACAGAGGUUUUCACAGCGAACACCUACUGGUUCUUUGUGCCCAUCUGUGCACCCUUCUUGGGUGCAGUGGUGGGUGUGCUGAUAUACCAGCUAAUGAUUGGAUAUCAUUUAGAAGGAGAAGUGCAAGAGAAGCAGAAGAAGGAGGAGGAGGAGGAAAGGUUCAAACUUUCCAAUAUGACAACCAACGAAGAUGCAUGAGCACCGCUGAAUUUCUUAUUAUGUCGCAGUAGGUGACAUUCUUGCCUAACAAUUAUAUAGUUUGCUGUAACGGAAAACUCUUUUUGUUUUCACAUAUCUCUUUAACUAACAUCAGCUUUUGGAUAGCCAUCAAUUAAUAAUCAUGAAUACAGAUACUCUUAUGACAUCUCAUCAUAUACGGGAACGGUUUCUCAGGAAAUUAUGGCACAUUCUUUCUGAAUUCAUUUCCACUUAACUCCAGUCAGCUCUUUUAUUUCUGCUCGGAGUACAUAACUACGUCCUUCAUGCUGCGUGUCUGACAAAACAAAUACAUAAACUCACAGACAAAAAGCCAAACAAAAGACAUUUUGAGUGAAAGAGGUAUUUGAAAGGUGUUUUGUUAAUUUCUGUGGUGGAAGAAACCUUCAAAUCACCAUCAAAUCAAAAGCAAUCACACUUUUCUGCUACAAUUUACUUCAUUUGUAAGAACUGUGUAGAAUGAAACCACUGCAGGGCUCCAGAGCUAUACAGGGACACCAGACACAUCUCGUUAAUCAAUCAUUUUGUGUCAGAUUUUUUAAACUGUUAUAACUCGUCUUCACCUCCACUUGAACACCUUGUUGCAAGUGUUUGCCUAAUUAAAAAAUAUACAUGCAACAG